GGAGGCCGCGGCAACAUGGCGGGGCCUAGCUGGCUGCAGCAGCUGCGGGGAGCCAGGAAGACCGCCCUGGUCGGCGACGGUAAGCGAAAAAUCCAUUACUUGUUUGACACGGGAAGGAGUAGAGCAGAAGAGUAUGACAUGAAGACCAACCAACUUCUUUUGAGGAAAUGGAGAGAGAAGAAUACCCUGGGUGCUUCUGGCAACUGGCAGAUUGAAGUGGGAGAGCCAAAUGUGUUUGUGCCAGGUCCACUGGAUCGUGAGUUCAUAAAAGAGAGCAGUAGCAAUCCUGUCUUUAUGAGAAAAGACACCAAGAGCAGUUUCCAGUGGCGGAUCCGGAACCUACCAUAUCCUAAAGAUGUAUACACUGUUUCAGUGGAGAAGGAUCAGCGCUGCUGUGUGGUCCGGACAACAAAUAAGAAAUAUUACAAAACGUUCUCCAUUCCUGACCUAGACAGGUUCCAGCUGCCCUUGGAUAACACUGCUCUGAGUUUCACUCAUGCCAACAACACUUUGAUCAUCACGUAUCAGAAGCCAAUGGAGAUUGUGGCCGCAGAGGAGGAGCUGCAAAAGGAGCUAAAGAAGAUCAAAGCAGCAAAUGAUGGUGAUGGAGAGUGCAAGACACAAUAAACAAUUGCAGAUUUUUUUUCUGUAUAUAUUUUGCUACAUUUAAUAUUUAUUAAAUAUAUUGGAUGGAGAUUAACUUGUUUGGAAAUUAAUUUGGCAAACUUAAUUAAUAUAAUAAUAAUAAAAGUAGGAACACCACAAAAUGCUUUAGAGUCUGUCAGCAGCCUGUUUACCCUCAGCCCAUGUAAAAAGGGAUAGUUUCUCAGUGGUAAGCCUUUGGAAAUUUGCUUUCUACACUUCUUGGUGAUUAAAAGCUGUCAUAUUACCACAA